AUGGAGGUAGACUGUCUCCGAAUCUCAAGUCCUCCUGAAGAACUUGCACUCGGGUAUUUUCUUUCCAUCUUCACACGUUCCGGCCCAUUCGCAUACCUUCAUCAACACACGACUACUCUCGCCCUAGACGAUGACAUAAUACAGGCCAUUCAUGCCCCAGCUCUCGCAUCCCUAGCUCUCGAACAUCGACGCGGUGACCUAUUGCGUGCAGCCCGUUACCACUACUCCAAAGCCUUGACUCGAACGAACCAAGAUCUAAGCGAUCCACGAGUAGCCAUCCUCGACAAGACUCUUCUCCGUGUAUUGCUACUCUCAACCUUUGAGGGGUUGGUGUUCGAAGGCCGAGGCUCAACAAGGAACUGGGAACUGCACGUUCAAGGCUCAUUAAGACUCUUGGUGAUGCGAGGAAGGCAACAAUUCCAGACCGAAUUCGGGCGCAGACUAUUCCACCAUACCGCCAUCAACGUGCUGACAAACUGCAUAAUGCAAUCAAGUCCUAUAGCGGAUGACUUCUUGCAGCUCUACGAUUAUGCCCUUUCUGGCGAAUCGGGACUCGAUGAGUCCAGGGCUCGCAUGAUCGAAUUCGUCUGUCAGUUCGCCAGAAUGUCUGAUGCUAGAAAGGGCAUGUUGGCGACGGACUUUGUGAGGGAGUGCAUGGAUCUUGAUCAAAAGGCUGCCCUGUUCAUCGAUAUAUUCUUCAAGGAACUAUCAUAUGAGGUUAUCGACGUUAACUCCGACGAAUACCGACAGAAUGCUACGGGCACGGAGAUCUGCGCUUACAAAGAUACUAUACACAGAUACCAGUCUCAACAGUCAGCUCGUGUCUACAACACCGCUAGACUCAUGCGAUUGACAGUCAAAGAGUGGAUAUACAGCGUCUUCGAUGGGAAUCCCCAUCGAGUCAUCCUCAAUGAACCCGACGACGACGACCCCCUGAAAGCCACCUGGAGCCAGAUUCCCAUCAAGGCUGCGUUGCAAGCUAGCGACGUCAUUGACGACAUGCUAGCCAGUGUUCCAUACUCCCUAGAGCUGCUGAAUACACCGUUCCGAACGGCUUCACGAUAUGUAGUCUGGCCACUGGCAAACGCUGCAGGAUCCGAGGUUUGCCCUCCACCUGCGAGGCUGUACAUCAUUGAUCGCCUGAAGGAGCUGGCUGUCAAAGCAAACCUUGACCAGGCUAUGCAGGCGGCGAAUAUGCUGGAGGAGAGAGUGCCGUUAGAGGACUGGCAAGUUAGCCUUGAUGGUAGAUGGUACGUCGGUAUGCUAAUGACUAUUUGA